GUAGCAAAUCACAUUUUUCUGUUGAUCUUACAGAACAACGUUUAUUAAUCAAAAUGAGCGGUCGAGGAAAGGGAGGUAAAGGUUUGGGAAAAGGAGGCGCAAAGCGUCAUAGGAAGGUACUUCGUGAUAACAUCCAAGGUAUCACGAAACCUGCCAUUCGUCGUCUUGCACGACGUGGCGGUGUCAAACGUAUUUCUGGUUUGAUUUACGAAGAGACACGUGGCGUUCUCAAAGUUUUCCUUGAGAAUGUUAUUCGUGACGCUGUCACCUAUACUGAGCAUGCGAAAAGAAAGACCGUUACGGCUAUGGAUGUCGUCUAUGCCUUGAAACGGCAAGGUAGAACCCUGUACGGUUUUGGUGGUUAAGCUAUCAACACCUACAAUUCAACGGCCCUUUUCAGGGCCAC